CAAUAAAUACCACGAAGCUAGAUGUGGUUCUUAUAAAGGUGAAUCCGAACUCUUGUUCUGAAUCAGUUUGAUCAAUGUAUCAUUCCAUCUUUGGUCAACUUAGCCUUCUUUGCAUUCUUUUUUCUCAACUCGCGUCUAUUCCUAUUAAUGACAAUGAAACUACAUCGCUCCACGAAGAUGAAAGUAAUUACACACAGAGUAUUACUAAAUAUCUUCGGUCAUCAAUUAUAAAUGGGCUUCCUAGUCCCACCCACGCGUUUUAUGUAAAAGUGAAAGUUAUUAGGAGGAGUGGGCAAACUGUGUUUUGUGGGGGAACCAGAAUCAAUCACAGAUGGGUUAUAACGGCUGCACAUUGCCUAGUACAUAGUGGAGGUGCCACUAUUGCUAUCUCCGCCGGGGAUUUCACGAAGCCUAACAAGACAAAACAUGUUUUCUUUGUGGACAGUUUCUACAUGGCAAAUGGCUUCGGAUUUGUAGAUCACGCGCCUAUUAACGACAUUGCUCUGCUCUUAACCAGACACAGCAUGACUAACGAUCUAAUUGAAGACGCUAUCCCCAUGUGCGAAAGCCGACAACCGAUCGGAACGGAACUGACAGCUUACGGAAUGGGCUCUACUUCCAACGAAAUAUAUAGGUUUCCUUCUCGGUUGAUGACAACUAGUUUUACAGAACUGUACCUAAUAGCAAAGGCAGACCCAUUUCGAGUUGAAAGGUGCCAUCAAAGCAACAUCUGCACUGAUUCGAUUGUUCCAGGGGGCAGCAUAGGUCACGUGGAUCACGGGGGUCCCUUGUAUGCUACUAGGUGCAUCAACGAACGACCCAGUUUCUGUCUAUACGGAGUGAUUAGCUACUCAUUUCCUGAUCCCAUCAACAGAUUUCGACAGAAAAGUGUGUUUGCCAGUUUGCCAGAGCAUUUUUUGUGGAUAAUAUCAAGGAUGGCCCUUGUAGAUUAAUUCAAAUUUUUGUAGUAAUUUGUUUUAGAAGGCAUAUUGCUGCAU